UUAAAAGAGAAAGGUUUUGUAAAAUGGAAUGAAAUGGGGAAAUAUGUACCCACGAUGAGGAAGAAUCUAACCCCAUUGGAUCAUGCAGACAUUCUAGAAUUAUUCAAUAAGAAAGUCCGGGGAUUCUUGAAUUACUACUCGUUUGCGUCGAAUCGCAGUAGUUUUAAUCAGAUUGUACAUGUGUUGCAUAUGUCCUGUGCCCUUACUCUUGCUUUAAAAUACAAACUGAAGACAGCUAGUAAGACUUUUAACCGCUUCGGUAAAUGCCUUACCUGUCCUGCCACGGGUAUGAUUCUAUUUCGACCAAGCGCCUACAAAGCCAUACACUUAUACAAUCCUAGUCCGAUUGCCCGGGCUGAGCAGGUUAUUGAUAUUAGCUAGAGGUCGACCCGAUCCGCUCUUUUUAGAACAUGUGCUCUUUGCGGAU